AUGGCAAGUUGGUUCACAUCAGCUAUUCAAUCGGUUCGUGAUAAAUCGAUUGAUGCAUUGGAUUUUGUGCGUAGAGAUUUAACAGAAUUUACAACAACAGUUAAAAGUGAUACAGAAUCUUAUUUGAAUAAAAUCAAAAGUCAAGAUGUUGGAGAUCUUGUGUUGGCCAUAGCGCCAUAUCGUACUAGUGAACAAAAAUGGAGUUAG